CUAUUCUCUUUUAAAGUCAAAGAUUUUAUUUCGGAUUUUUACUAUUGUUAAUUUUCUGCUUACGGGUUAAAUUGUGCUGUUCUUUAUUGGUCGUUGGUUUUAAUGGUAAAACGCAAUAUUGCUUGUUGCUGUACCACUGCUGUUUGACGCUUGAAUUGACUUUUGUAUUUUAGGUUAUAUUUAUGUUUAGUGGUAUAAUGAAAUUAAAUUAAUGGCGAAAUACAAUUUUAGACCUAUUUAGUGCACUUCAUUAAUAAAAAUCUAUAUUAAGUAAUAUUAACAGUCCAAAUUACAAAAACAUGGCUCUAUCAUAUUUAGAAAUGGAUAAGUGGUCAUCCAAGCAUGCCUCGUGUGAAGCACAACACAGAUUUAUUGUGGAGUUGCUCAACACGAGAUCGUAUGAGCCAAGGACAUCCAAUAAGUAUGACCUGUUGUCCGCCAAGGCCAGGUACCAGCUGAAGGAAUUAGAAAACAAUGCUCGCAUUCUCAAGGAAAUGUUAGAGGAAGAACAAAGCUUAACUAUCGAGGAGAAGGAGAGGAGAUACAGAUUGAUUGAGGAUCUGGAGAGCUACGUCAUUCAACUUACGCAGAAAAUCAAUUCGAGGAGUGGAGAAGAAGAGAGAAAGUCUUUGAUGGCUACGGGUGGGCGAAGUGUGUUGGGUGACAUGGGCACGACUGGGUGGGCAUCAGAUGAUGAUGAUGACGCGGCCUCUCAGCCCUUGUUGCAAGAGACAAACGAACAGAUCAAGCAACAACACCAGCUGUUAUUAAAAGAUCAAGAAGAUGGUCUUGAAAGGUUGUCAAGAGUGAUAUCAAGACAAAAAGACAUUGCUGUUACUAUUGGAAAUGAAGUUGACUUUCAGAACGAACUGGUUGACAACAUUGCUGAGAGAAUGGAUCGGACCAAUGUUUCUAUCCAGAGGGAGACGGCUCACGUGCAGGUCAUCUCGAGGACAGACAACACAUGUGGUUACUGGGUUGUUAUUAUGAUAUUAUUCGUGGCCAUCGUAUUGGUCGGAGCACUCUAGUGAAGUCUCUCGGAGCUCCUACAGACUGUCCUGUGAUAUCUACUCCAUAACUUGUUAAGCAUACAUAUAUGUUAUCAUGUGUAUUGUUUAGAUCAUAUCUAUUUAGCUGGUUUAAUUGUUAUUCCGAUUUAUUUAUAAGUAUUGUAUUCUUGUAAAAGAUUUAAAAUUGUGCACUCAAUAUUGCAGUAAUUGUAACAAUCAUGAGUUGAUAAUUGUAUAUUUUAUAGCAGCUUUUUAAAAUGUGUUUCACUGGUUUAAUGUCUGUUUUUUGUAGUCUGAAGUAUUAAUGAGGAACUUUGCACUGCCAGUUGAGGUUGGAGCUGAAGUUAACGGUUGUUGCAAGAAUUUGCACUAGUAACCCAACCACUUAUUUAUUAAUAUGCCUCUUUUACACCAAAAGACAAACGUGUUUUGAGUAGAACAUAGAAAACUAUCAUCAUGCCUUAGUUUUACAGGCCUUGUAUUGGCUUCAGUCAAAUAUGUAUUAUGGACAACAUUACAGCGGAUUUUGUGAUUAUCCUAAGUAAUUAGUAGUUAUCUUUCUACUUCCUCAAAAAAAUUGCAGAUUUGGGUUUUGCUCCAGAAGUGGCAUAAGUGGCAGAAAUCCAACAAAUAAUUUUAUGGCUAACAAUAGUUUAACAUAAACAAAUUUGUACACAAAUUUUGGCAAAAAAUCAUUGGCAUUCUUUAGAACUGAUUUUUUUUGUUUCUUUUGAUAAUGGUCAACAACCUGAACAAGGAGACAGUGAUUUUACUUGUUGUUUUUUUAUUAUAGCAGCUCAAUUUGACAGUUGCUGGAUGCAGAGAUUCACAAACAGCAUCCAUAUUUGUGUGCUAUAUUUUGUAUUAAUAAAUGCAACCAUAAAAAAAUUGAAUAUACUUUUAUCAAAAUUUUUAAGGAUGUUAACAAAUUUAGUACAAUAAUUUAAUUACACUGCUUGCUCAAUAUCUUCAACAUCAGAUGAUUAAUCAGACUUGGUAUUAAGGAUGAUGGUAUUGUCAACACCAAUAAGUACCAAUAUUAAUUAUCCUGUACACAAUCAGCUUGGUCAAUCUUCAAUAUUUCUGUAUCCUCAAAAAUACCCAAGAAGAAAGGUGUAUUGUUUUAAUUUUAUGUUUAGUUGAUAAAUACAAAAUAAAUAAUUUUAAUUACAGUUUUCAACCAUUUGUUCAACAUUUUCUGCUAAUUAAAAAAAAAUAUUUGUUCCUUAUUAGUACAGCAAAUUUUACUCCUGAAGAGAGUUGACAGUUGAUAGCAAAAAUAACAACACUAGAAUGUUGUGUACUCAGGUCCUGCUGCUGUCAGUCACUAUUUUGUGACGUAAUAUUAUACUACAUGCGCUGUUGAAAACCAAGUAGAAAACCAAGUAGAAUCGGCCAAGUACUAUUGUCUCCUUAAAAUGAUAGCAAUUCUAACAAUUCUCUGCCUUGGCCUUAAGUUGUCAAAACACAAAAGACUAAAUAUUUACAAGUACAGUAAAACCUGUCAUAUCCGGCCCUGUAUGAUAGUAUAUGAUAACAUUUGUUAUAAUUGUAAGGUUUGCGAGCUUCUCCCACAUGUCGCCUGGCGGUACCGAGCGAGAAGGAUGGGAGCUUUAUUUUCCCAUAUGACUAACUAGCUAUCACUAUUUUUAGAAACAAUGACCUUGAAGAAGCUGUGUGUCAAUGCUGUUGUAUCAGUUUUCUCAGUGCAUUGUUGUGGUGGGAUAGUUUAGUUGUUACUUUUACAGUAAGUUAAGAUCUGAAUUUGUAAUACUGUAUACUACUUCGUAUUAUUUUUUGUAAAAUAAAUUUGUAUAUUUACUGUAUAAACUUUUUAUUUAUAUUUUAUUGUAUAUAAGCUACUUAACCAUAUAAAUAACAAAUAUUCAGUGCAUUAGUUUAGUUGUGGGGUUUGAAAUAGAAAAACAUUUUAAAUACAAUAAAUUUAUAAAAUUUAACAGAAAACAGUUCCAGCACAGUAUUCAAUGUUUUCAAAAUUACAUAAUGCCUUAAAGAAUGGUAUGAAUAAUGCAUGGUAAUGUUAUAAAUAACUUCAUAUCAUGAAUCCAUAUUUGGCUUUAACCAUAUUCAGCCUAUCUCUACAGCACAUAAGGCCUGAUAUGACGUUUUACUGCAUUAUGUAUUAUGUUCAGUUACAAUUGUCCUUAUAUUUUAAUAGUAAGUAAGUUCUUUGUUCAAAAUUUAUUAUUGGCAAUGUAUUAUUUACAAUUAUAACGAGAUUAUGUAUAUUUGUCAUUGAUAUAUUUACAACUGAGAUGUCUUGAGAACUACCUUUUUCUUUAGGUAUCCAUGCAGGUAAGAUUAUUUAUGCCUGAAAGUAAACAAUCACAUCAAUAAACAUACCAAAUUCACCAAUAAAAAUGUUGGAUGUCAUAAAAGUAAACAUUUAUACACUCUAAAAGUCUUGGAAGAUUAAAUUUGUACAUCCUUCAAUUCUUAUUUUAAUUUGUUAAUAAUGUGUUCUAGAAAAAGAUAAAUUGUGCAAAUAAACAAUAUAUAUAUAUAUAUAUAUAUAUAUAUAUAUAUAUAUAUAUAUAAACAAGAAUUAAUUUGAAAAAAAAAAACAACGUAGCAUUUAUCAAUAAUUUAAGAUGAAAACACCCAAGCAUGUUAAGUUUAAUAUUAAUGAGGGAUAAUGUAUUAAGUGUAAGAGGUUUUUGUACGAGCAUAACCUUCUAAUGUUUACUUAGUCAGUAUUAUUAGGUCGUGGGGGCAAGAACUUUCCCAACAGUUGGGGAUUGUUUAUAGUAAGCUAUUCACACUUCUGGUGACAUAGUCUGCAGUCUUUAUUAUUUAUAUGGGUGUAGUUUUUUGAGGGGAAUUGUUUAUUUUUAUUGUUUAUUCAAAGUGGUUGUUAAAAUUUUGUUUAGGGGUAAUACAUUAAUUUCGAAUCAUACAGUUUAUUCAUUACUGCUUUAAACUAGUCUUUUGAGAAAUUAUGUUUUUCAAUUGCUAACGAAUUUGUACUCCAUGACAUCUAUGUAUAUUAUAUUGGUUAUAUUUAUAAAUAAUUUUAUCCAUUAUUAGUAUCCAUAUUAUUUUUAUGGAUUAAGGCUUUUAAUAGUGUAAUAAUUAACUAAUAACUGUAUACACUGUUCCAGAUUGUAUUGUUAGUAUAUGUGAAGUCAUCAUUUGCUGAAACUUACUAAUACAAUUCUGAAUUAUUAUGUAACUAAAUUGUCUUCCAAAUUAAAUUACUUAUUAAAGCUUUGGUACUAUAAAAUUUUUGACCUAAAAGAACAUGUAAAAAUUUUAAAUUUUUGGCAGAAGUAAAUAUUUGUCUCGUAAAAUCGUUGUAUAAAUGUUAAAAUGUGCUUAUAAUUACUUUAUAAUAUGAAAGAAGCUAUUAAGUAUUAUUACAUUAAUCACAAUAUUUUAUUUAUGUAAAUGGGUUUAAUCAUUAACUUUGUACAUAAAGUUAUUGUUAUUAAAA